UUAGUGGCGGACUGCGAAACACGCCCAAUUUCACGCGAAUCCAGCGGCGCGGGACGGUGGCGCCAAUUCCAGCGCGCCGCGCUCCCAAACUUGACGCCGCGCUUCCUCUCCCCCUCCCUCCUCGCAACGCGCGCCUAUUUCCUCCUCCCCGACCCGACCACCCAAAACCCCCCAUCGGAGCCGAGCCUGCUGAGCAAAACCCUCGCCACUUCCAAAAACAAUCUCCACCCCCCGGAGUGGAGUCCAUGGCGCCGUCCCCUCCCACCCCGACCGCGCCCAAAACCAUCGCCGACUUCUUCACGCGCCCCGCCAAGCGCCUCCGUGCAGGCGCUCCCGUCCCCGCUGCUUCCCUCUCCUCCUCCGCCUCCUCGCUCUCGCCGGAGCAGCGCCGCCGCGCCGACACCAACCUCGCGCUCGCCCGCUCGCGCCGUAACCUCCGCCUCGUCGAGUCCAAAGCCAAAGGAGGCACUGCGAAGCUGGAGGAACUUCUCGUGGAGGAAACGUGGCUGGAGGCGUUCCGGGGAGAGCUGCGCAAGCCCUACGCGCUCGAGCUCUGCCGCUUCGUCAGCCACGAGCGGCUGCACGGCCCGCUGCCCGUCUACCCGCCGCCGCACCUCGUAUUCCACGCGCUCAACGCCACCCCGUUCGACCGCGUCAAGGCUGUUAUCAUCGGCCAGGAUCCAUACCAUGGUCCAGGUCAGGCCAUGGGAUUGUCUUUCUCAGUACCAGAGGGGAUAAAAAUACCUUCCAGCUUAGGUAACAUAUUUAAAGAGCUGGAAAAAGACCUAGGUUGCACUGUGCCAUCGCAUGGAAAUUUGGAAAGAUGGGCUGUGCAGGGUGUUCUUAUGCUCAAUACUGUACUAACUGUGAGGGAGCAUCAAGCCAACUCACAUGCCAAGAAAGGGUGGGAGCAGUUUACUGAUGCUGUUAUUAAGACUAUAUCACAAAAGAAAUCAGGACUUGUCUUUCUUCUCUGGGGAAAUUCUGCUCAGUCAAAGACAAGAUUGAUUGAUGAAACAAAACAUCACAUUUUGAAAGCUGCUCACCCAUCAGGCCUGUCUGCGCAUAAGGGUUUCUUUGGAUGCAGGCACUUUUCGAAAACAAAUAAGAUCUUGGAGAGUCUGGGACUAUCUGCCAUCGAUUGGCAGCUCUAGACAAUCCCAAGACGCCAUGUGAUCUGUUUGCUUGAUAAUCACCGUUGCAUGGAGUGGAGGCACCUGCAUUGAGGACUUUCCUGUUCGGCCAAAACUUUGUAGCAACUUAAGUUAUAUGGCCGGUAUGAGUGCUAACUCUACUAACCCUUUGUAAAUCCUUUCUUUUGCAUCUUGUCUUGUCUUUUCUUUGAUCA